UCUGUGUGUAUGUGUGUUUGUGUGUGUGUGUGUGUGUGCCGCGACGAGAGAUCUACUCGCGCUCCGCACUUUUACGUUUCCUUCUCUCUUUCUCACUUUGCUCUUUAAUUUUGUUCCUCCCCAGCUCAUGGAUGUUUUCCAGCAAAGACAAUACAUUACACUGUACUGCAUAAUAUAAAAUACUUGUUGGAACCCAAUUUAUGCUGCAAUUCUAGACAUAAUUGUAAGAUUCGCAACUUGCUCUCGUAAGAACUUAUGAGUAGAUCUACAAUUCUAUACGUACCGUAUGUCGUACGAUUACUCGUAAAUAUCUACGAUUUCAUGUAAUUUACGAUAUUUACAAGUGAUUGUACGACAUAUGAUAUGCAUAGAAAUUUACAUUGUAAAUUUACUGAUAAGUUCUUUACAAGACUUACGCUCUAUGCACAAUGCCAGGCAACAGGCAAUAGGAACAAGGAAUAAGAAUUCGGAUUGGUCAAUUAUUUCUAUUCCCUGUUCCUAUUGGCUAAUGCCUAUUUCUAUUGCCUAGCAUUGUGCAUAAAACAUCAAAGUGCGUGUUACAGUUUUCUAUUCUUAUUUUUAUAAAUAUUUAGCGUAUCUACCUACCUAACCUAACAUCAAAGUCAGUUUUAUUGUUAUUAAAUUAUUGCUAUAAUAUUUCAGUAAAUUUUAAUUUUUUUUUACACACACAUGGAAAAAUAAAAUUGUAGUAACUUUCUCUACCGGAGAGUGUAGUAUUUUAAUACUACUAAAAUGUUAUUUUAUGACAGUAAAGUAAUUAUAUUUUGAUAAAUAUUAAAAUAAUAUUAAUUUUAAAAUCACAAGACAAUUCUGAAUUGACUAAGAUAAGUUGUAUUAAUGUUUGUAUUGAUGUUUCAAAAUUUAUUAAAAGUCCUGCAAAAUAACAAUUUAAGAUCAUGAUAACAUCGCUACCAUUUUUAGCAACAUAAUUAAAAGUUUUUUAAGUUUAAGGGUCUGCAGGAGUGUCGUAGUAGAGACUAUGUUUAAGAGGCUUCUGGGGUGAGUGUUUUAGUUUUAAAAAUGCUGUUUCUGUAAGAAGAUGGGGCUGUUUUUUAUUAAAUUUUAAAACCUUAAUUUGGGUGCGCGCGAAAUCUGUUUAUAAUAAUACAUUAGUGUAAGAAGCUCAUUUUUAUUUAAAAAAGAUAUAAAUUUAUUUAAAAAAUGAGUAUUUAUGCUUGAUUUUUAGAUAUUUUUGUUAAUUUUUAAAAACCUUAAUUUGGAAUGUGCUCGAAAUAAUACAUAAAAAAAUUAAUGUAAGGGGCUCAUUUUUUUAUUUAAAAAAGAUAUAAAUUUAUUUUAAAAAUGAGUAUUUAUGCUUAAUUUUUAGAUGUUUUUUGUUAAUUUCUAAAAACCUUAAUUUGGGGUGCACUCGAAGUAUAAUCUUAAAUUUUUGUUUUAAGAGAUGAGUUUUUAACUUAUUUUGUUUAGUAGACAUCAAAAGAUUACUCGAGCACAUUCUAAAUUGGGCGAUUUUUUCGUCGAAAGUCAUCCCUUAAUUUGAAGUGGUCUUAUAGUGUUAUUUUGAUAUCUACUUGUAAUGAACAUGAUUUUGAACAUGAUUUUGAUAUCUACUUGUAAUGAACAUGAUUUUGUUGUUUGUGUAACAAUAAAAUGUUUAGUUAAUUUUUUCAAUAGCCUAUAUUUAACUUUUGAGAAAGAAUCUAUGAUGUGUAACAAUCAUUUUCGUAUUGUUGGUUACACUCGCAUUGAAGGAUGAACAUGAUUACCACAUAUUAAAAGUGUAUUGAAAUAUUGGUGGCACUGAUACACUUUAUACGUGCUGAAAGAUGACUUUUGCUGUGUCGAGCAGUCUAACAAUGAAUGUAUUCAGCGAACAUAAUGAAUGAGUGAUCGACUUUUGAAAGAUGGGUGUAAUUGGUAGAUUUCAAAAUAUACAUUAAUCAUGUAUUUACUUAACGCAGUCAAUGGCUGCAUUAAUAGAAAAAGCAGCUCAAUGAGCGUUUAGUGAUUAUUGUCCAUGAUUAGAGUAUUCUUUUAGAUUCUUGAUAGAUCUAAAAGCCAAUAUUAUAUACCAAUCAAGAGUAAUAAUCACUAAGUGCCCCUUGAAUUGCUCUUUCCGUUGAAUGUAGCCAACGUGUCAUUGGUUUGGAUGAUAUAUAAGAUAGACACAGCGUGCCAUAUAUUUUCUUAUGAUAUAAGUUAGGUUUGGCAGAAUGGAGAGAGAAGUAAAACAUCAGUGAAUUUCUAUUCUUUGCUGCGCGCGCAUUAUUGACAGUAAUGGCCGUCAAUAGUAAUAUAAAUGUAUCAUAAGAUAUUGCGCAUAAAUGCGUAAAUUUUAUCCCAUUUUUCUUUUGAAACACAUUAUUCAUUUAAUGAAACAUCAAUGUCAUUAAACUUAUUUGAAAUCGGAUUUCCAUUCAAAUGAUGAAAUAAUUUAAUCAUGCAUAUAUGUUCUUGGAUAAGAAUCUGUGUAAUCUCUUUUAUGUAUUGUCAAAAAGCGGUUGUACAUUUCAUCUGCGUAGAUAAAGACAGAAAAUUACUCUAUAUUUUACCUUUCUCUCCGUUUUGCCAAAAAUGUACAAUUGGCAUCAGAAAGUUAUCUGAUUUUUGUGACUUUUGCGUCCGUCUUGUUCAAUGAGAAAGUUCUCUCAUUAACGAACAAAUUCUUCUAUUGAACAAGAUGGAUGCAUUCCGAAAGUCACAAAACAACCUAAACAACCUUUCUGAAGCCGUUUGUACACUCGUGAUCGAAAAGGUUUCCUGUCGGGUUUUUUCUUUAUAAAUUUAGGAACCUAUCCUUCUUGUCUAAUAGCAGAAUUUAUUUUCUAAUAAAAGUUUUCUCAUUGGACAAGACGGAUAGGAAACUUACAAAAAAAAAAAGACAACUUUUCGAUCACGAGUAUUCAUAUUGAGUCAUUUCCCGCUGAGUAGUCAGUUCCUUCUCUGUUAAUCAUAGUGUUGCACUAUGUCCUUUUUGUUUCUUGCUGGAAAACAUUAUGUUAGCAUAUAUUUUUGUCUAUAAUAAUCGCGUGAUAUCCUAGACAGCAUAAAAUCUCCAGAGAAUAUCUUGGGACGUUCUCAAGAUGUUAAGAUGUUUUCAUAAUGUUUUUAGGAUAUCCUGUGGAGACCUGUGUUGUCUGCGAUAAGUAUGAAAAAAAGAGCGUUUUUGGGUAAAAAGUAUAUUCCUCUGAAUAUAUUGUAUCGACGGGGGAUUGAAUUCAUCGAAAAAAUUACACAGUUUCAAUACUCCUACUUAGACAAUCUCGCUCUCUUCUUCACAAUCAUUGCGAAUGAUAUUUGGAUAGAAAUUGUGGAUAGAAGAAGAUACAAUAGAAAUAAUGAAAGGGAGAAUCUCAUAAGGACACUUCCGCAUCUGUGCAACGAUAUAUCGAUAUCGACGGAGAAAGUACUAUAGUGCACGUCGCGUCUGCGCAUGCGCGCACUGGAGCGGGAACCAACGACACGGAGCGCGCGCAUCUCUUGUUCGCUUUUCGGCGUAAAAGGCGCGCGAGUUUUAUUUCUGGCCGGUCGCCAUCGCAUCGCGUCGCGUUGUUACGGCUUUGCGUAACUGGGAGGACAAGUUUUUUUAGAUGAUUGUUUUUUUUUUCAUGCUUAAUCGAGUUUUGUCGUUCAUUCCUAUUCGGCCCGACCGGUAGACAGACGCGGAUAAAAAGCUCGAGUUUUCCUCGACUCUUUGCAUUCUCACGUCGAUGUUUGACGAUCAUUGACGUCUCUGCACUAGUCGCUGUGAGCAUCGAGUCGUCUUCGGUGCAUCUCGAUGGUUUUCGGCUCCACUGUCCCUCUCGCUUCAGUUACACUUCUAUUCUUCUAGUUACUGGUAGAUCGACGCGAGGGACGCAAAGGGUUGAGAGAAUCUCGCGAAGGGGCGAAAACGAGAAAGAGACCGUCGCGUGAGAAUAGCCGAGUCGCCAUCUGACGUUGUGUUGGUGUGACCAGUGAUCGUACGGAAAUUAAUGCAUACGGCGAUAUCGCGCGGAAGCGAGAGAACGGCUGCCGGAAGUCACACGCGCGGAGAAGAGGCGCACACCAUCGAUCUGUCGAAUCUACCACCGCAACUGCUUCCUUUCGCCGUCGCUCGACGCUGAGAUCGUGCGAAUAGUGUGCAUCAUCGUACGUGCGAGGAGCGCCGCGCUCUCAGACGACCCAUUCGUCAUCGUGACGAUGCUGAGGAUCUUGCCGGCUGCAGCGAUGGAAACAUGAAGACCGUGACAAAUCGCGCAUUCGAUCGAGGAAGCACCACUCCUACCUACCAUAAAUGACCGAUGUGACGCAACCAGUCGGGAAUAUUUUUAUGCAAAAUGACUCGCGCCCUUGUCCUUCUCUGCAUGGUCAUCAUUCUACCUCUCGUACGAUGCCACAAGAUCCACGAGCACAUGACAAGGGAAGAGAUGCUAUCGGUGUUUUACACGGGACACGAGUCCGGUAAUAACAGCAAAAAAGUAACUUGCGUGCCGCCGUACGAAGUCGUGCCUGUUUUGCACACGAUGCACAAGAGGAGCAUAGACGCGAAACCGCAGAUUCACCUAAAGGCCUUCGGCAAGGAUAUCAACCUUUCCUUGAAGCCUACGGAAGGUUUGUUAACAGCUAACAGCCUGCCAAUGUGGACCGUCACCAGAAACGCGUCGCAACCUGACGGCCUUCAUUACGAAAGGGUGAAAGAUGUUGACGUGGAUAUCGGUGACAUCUAUCAAGACACGGAGAACAUGGCUUCCAUUCUGCUGCACCAGGACACGAAUGGGAAAGUGCGCCUUGACGGAACUAUCGGUUCGGAAUUAGUUAUUCGGCCACUGCCAGAACGGGUUCUGCAAGAAGUAGUGAGCAAAUCGCCAGCUCUUCGGGAAUCCACAUUACUGCCAAACCUCACCGAGAACGAGAACUUGAGACGCACGAGUCACCACGUCAUUUUCAAAAAAGUGGACCGACCCGUCAGUGAUGAGUACAGCGACUUUUCGCUCAUGGAACCCGAUCAUCUAGCCAAGAGAUAUAGGAUCAAGCGUUCGACCAACAACAGGUCGAAACGCGAAGCACCAUACGUUAUUUACCCGGAAAUCCUUUGUAUUGUGGAUUACGAUGGGUACAGAUUGCACGGCGGCGAUAACGUGCAGAUAAAGAGGUACUUCGUAUCUUUUUGGAACGGAGUGGAUCUGCGGUACAAGUUAUUGAAAGGUCCAAAAAUACGUAUCAGUAUAGCGGGAAUAAUCAUCUCACGGGGACGGGACGCGACGCCGUACUUAGAAAGGAAUCGCGUGGGAAGAGACGCAAUCGACUCGGCAGCCGCUCUGACUGACAUGGGCAAAUAUCUUUUCCGGGAGAGGAGACUUCCUGUAUACGACAUCGCCGUUGCCGUUACAAAAUUAGAUAUGUGCAGGAGGCAAUACGCGAAUGACGUGUGCAAUAGAGGAACUGCAGGAUUCGCAUACGUCGGCGGGGCAUGUGUCGUGAAUAAACGUCUCGAAAAGGUCAAUUCUGUCGCUAUCAUCGAAGAUACCGGCGGAUUUAGCGGCAUCAUCGUCGCUGCCCACGAAGUGGGUCAUUUAUUAGGUGCCGUUCACGAUGGUUCACCGCCGCCCAGUUACUUAGGUGGACCAGGCGCUGAAAAGUGUCGUUGGGAAGACGGAUACAUCAUGAGCGAUCUUAGACAUACUGAGAAAGGUUUCAAGUGGUCUCACUGCAGUGUGUCCUCCUUCCAUCAUUUUUUAAAUGGUGAUACAGCGACCUGCUUAUACAAUGCACCUCAUGAGGACGAGGCACUACCCCGAGUACUUCCGGGAAAGCUACUGUCUUUAGACGCGCAAUGUCGAAAAGACCGUGGGACGAGCGCUUGUUUCAAAGAUGAUCGUGUUUGCGCUCAACUUUUUUGUUUCGAUGCUGGGUCCGGAUACUGUGUGGCGUAUCGUCCAGCAGCGGAAGGUUCACCUUGCGGAGACGGUCAGUAUUGCCUGAAUGGAAAAUGCGUGGCAGAGCACGAAAAUAUAAUACCGGACUAUACACAGAACAUUCCGACGUAUAUACGCCGAGAUAGCAUUUUCAGUCCUACGUUGCAUAAUCGGCCGAUAUUCGCUCAAUAUAACAGCACUGACUACAGGUAUCCAUGGAAAUCAACAACACAGAGCACGCCACUAUCGAAAUUAAAACAUUCCUCGCCGUAUACGAACGCAUUGACAGCGACAACAACGACGUCAACAACGACGACGACGACGACAAUGACAACGACCAAGACGAUAACAACUAAUCCUUAUAAACGCGUCAUAGCACCGUUCGUCGUGACUACGCCUACGGUGCCGAAAUACACACAGAUGAUCGUCAAUAAUCACUGUAUCAAUCGAUACAAGACCAGAUAUAACGAUAGUAGUAGCGGUAAUAAUGGUAGUUGUAAUAGGGGUGGCAACGUCAACACCACCACUAAGAGAAGCGUGAAUCUCUUUAACUCGCACUACACAAGUAGUACCGUUGCGAAGGUCACUGCUAGUCCGUUCAAGUAUAAGAACACGGUCAACGUGAUGUCCCUUUCCACGACGACCAAGGGAUAUCAGAAAGGCCUUGGAAGUAUCGGUCGCGGAACAGAGGUCGGUGAAUGCACGGACGUGGGGUCAGAUUGCGCAGAGCUGAUUGACAGGCUGAGAACAUGGCUGUGCCAUCUACAAUCUGUGAAGAGUCGCUGCUGCGCAUUCCUGAAGACGAUCUGUGUUGAUUAAUAAUAUUAAAAAAUAAAAAAGGCGAAAAAUCGGCUCGAUGAUUAGCUCGAUGACAUCGCGCUUACUAAACGCCUGUCGUGACGCCGUCCUGGCGAACAGAAUGAAACGGAAGGAACUCGAAGCCGAAUCGACGAUCGUCUAUUCUCUUUAUCUUUUAUGCAGGCUCUUCGUCAAAAUCCUCGAUGCUCUUGCGGUUUUUACGAUCGGGAUAAGCGCGACCACAUUCGACUCUUCGAGUAGCUAUACGUAUAUUUCACUUUCUCUGCUAUUUUUUCUUUUCUCCCCUCUCUCUUCCCCUCUUCUUCCCUCCCUUCCUCUCUUUCCCUCUCUCUUUCUCAAUAUCUCUUCCUCUUUCUAUUCAUACCCGCGCAAUCCGGGUAUCAUUCGUUUACAUUGUAGAUACAGUAUCGCCGGAACUUUGCCACGGGUGUGCCGGAUGUAGUGAAUCUAAAAGCAGAGCGACCUGACUGUCCAUCGAUACAAUAUUCGACCGUGAAUAUAAUUUAUUCGAUAGAAAGCAGAUUUCGCUAAAGAUUCGCUUUACCCGAUGCAUGAGUGUUUGACGAGCGCGCGUACGCACUCGCACGAAAGAAGCCAUUCGAAAAUCAUGGAAAUUGUUUAACGCAAGACAAUAAAUGGGAAUACUUAAAA